GGAACGACCGCCACCCUUUCGCCGCGUAUGCUUUGAGCUGCCGCCGCCGCUAUACAGUACACUUCGUUCCCAUGCGCGACCGAGGAUGAUUGUGAGGUACCGACACCUGCUCGCGACCAGUACAGACUCCUCCCCCUGAGUUUGUCGCGAAUGUCGGGGUCCACCCGUACCGCCUCAUAUUACCAUGCCCGGUCUUCCGUCCACUGUCGAUCUUGAUGAAUGUAUAUCCCGACUUUACAAGAAGGAGCUCCUGGCCGAGUCCGUCAUCGAGGCAAUAUGUGCCAAAACGAAAGAGCUCCUUAUGAAGGAGAGCAACGUCGUACACAUUCGCGCGCCUGUAACUGUCGUCGGUGACAUACACGGACAGUUCUUUGACAUGAUUGAGAUAUUCAAGAUUGGCGGCUUCUGUCCAGACACAAAUUAUCUUUUCCUUGGAGACUACGUAGACCGCGGCCUCUUCUCCGUCGAGACCAUUUCCCUCCUCGUGUGCCUCAAACUCCGCUACCCCCACCGCGUGCACCUCAUCCGCGGCAACCACGAGUCCCGCGGCGUCACGCAAUCCUACGGCUUCUACACGGAAUGCAACCGCAAAUACGGCAACGCCAACGUGUGGCACUACUUCACCGACAUGUUCGACUACCUGACGCUCUCCGUCGUCAUCAACGACCAGAUCUUUUGCGUCCACGGCGGCCUCUCCCCCUCCAUACACUCAAUCGACCAAAUCAAGAUCAUCGACCGCUUCCGAGAAAUCCCCCACGAAGGCCCCAUGGCCGACCUCGUCUGGUCGGACCCCGACCCAGAUCGCGACGAGUUCUCCCUCUCCCCCCGCGGCGCAGGCUACACCUUCGGCGCCCAAGUCGUCCGCAAAUUCCUCGAGAUGAACAACAUGUCGCACAUCCUGCGGGCACACCAGCUUUGCAACGAAGGAUUCCAAGUGCUAUACGACGACAGGCUGAGUACGGUGUGGAGCGCGCCGAACUACUGCUAUCGCUGCGGAAAUUUGGCCAGCGUAUUGGAGGUUAGUGACGCAGGGGAGAGAUUCUUCAACGUGUUUGAUGCGAGUCCGGAUAACGAGGUGCAUAGGCAGGAACAGCAGCAGCAGCAGGGCAAGGAGGUCACGACGGAGUAUUUUUUGUAGUGCGGCUUCUGGAUGCUAGUGAUAUGAUGGCAUACAUGAACGUAUUCGGAAGGGUACCGAAGCGUUCGAGCUGGUUAAGCAGUAGCGCGUACAUAGCGGAGCUAUGGAUUUUAUCCACAAUGAAUACUGAAAUACCAUG